AUUCAAGAAAGUCCUCUUCUAUGAUGCUCGGAGAGCCCCGUCACGCAAAUCCGACGGUUCACAUACCGCCGUGGCCGGUCAUCGAUGAUCUGAUGCCGGAGAUGUACUCUCCUUACUCGAUGAGCGGCAUGUCUGCAAGCUCCGACGGCAAUGCCAGCGGCGGUGAUUACUCUCCGUACUAUAUGCAAGAAGCGCUGACGGCACUCCAGCGUUAUCUGCCGUCGAACGACGCCGAUAUCGACUCCGACUCCGAGAUUCUUGGACGGGAGCCGGACGCUCCGGUGGACGCCUACUCCUGCGACCAUUUCCGCAUGUUCGAGUUCAAGGUAAGGAGGUGCGCACGUGGUCGGUCACAUGACUGGACUGAGUGUCCUUAUGCUCAUCCUGGAGAGAAGGCUCGCCGUAGGGACCCGAGGAAUUAUCACUACUCGGGUACUGCAUGCCCUGAUUUUCGCAAAGGGAACUGCAAGAAGGGAGAUGCGUGCGAGUUUGCUCACGGCGUGUUCGAGUGCUGGCUUCAUCCAGCCCGUUAUCGUACUCAGCCAUGCAAGGAUGGCACCAGUUGCCGCCGAAGGGUCUGUUUCUUUGCUCACACGCCGGAGCAACUCAGGGUCCUUCCUCAGCAGAGUCCGAGGAGUGCUAAUUCGGUGGACUCGUAUGAUGGGUCUCCUCUCAGGCAAGCGAUUGAGUCUUCUUGUGCCAAAACGCUUCCAUUCAUGUCGUCUCCGGGUUCUAUUUCCCCUCCGGCAACUCCUCCUGCGGAAUCUCCUCCUAUGUCGCCGAUGACAGAGUCUCUGAGCCGCUCUCUGGGUUCGAGCUCCAUCAAUGAGAUGGUGGCUUCUCUGCGUAAUUUACAGCUUGGAAAGGUAAAGUCACUUCCGCCGUCAAGAAAUGUUCCAGUGGGGUCUCCUCGUUUUGGGUCUCCACGUGGAUCGGUGCUCCGUCCAGGAUUCUGCAGCCUCCCGUCAACCCCUACCGAGGCACCGAUCCGUUCUUGUGUUAACUACUUCGAUCUUUGGGACCAGAGUUGCGAGGAGGAGCCUGCGAUGGAGAGGGUGGAAUCUGGAAGGGAUAUACGGGCGAAGAUGUUUGAGAAACUCAGUAAAGAGAACUCUCUGGGUCGAUCGGGUCCCAGCACAUCUGCUGGAGCUCCGGAUGUUGGUUGGGUUUCGGAGCUGGUCAAGUGAAGUACGUCUCCAAGCCCCGGAUGCUGGUUUUGGGAUGAGUGGCUCUGGUUUUUGUUCACGGUCAUUGGCGGUGCCUUUUUGGGUUCUUAUGGCUGCCUUCUCUGAUUCGUCAGCUCUGUGCAUAGAAUGUGAGGAAUCAGGGAGCCUAAUAGUAAUGAUUUAUUUUGGAAGCAACAAGUCGGAGAUGCUAUGUAAAUAAUUAAUUCCACAGGCACGGUUGAAGACUAGAAGUUUAGGAUCUCUUUUUUCCUGGGUAGUUUCUGAAAAGAUCAAGACUACAAUGCAUUAUUUUGGGCGAUAAGCUAUCUGAAGCUUUUGUAUAGGCAGUAGACAAUGGAUUAUUGAUAUGUAUUAACUAUUGUGUCUUGUCUUCUAAUCUCAUUUAUGUAUAGUUUUCUGAUAUGUAGGAUCCAAGCUCCUAGUUUUUAUCUAAGUCGUUUAUGUGAUGUAUAUUUUCAGGAGUUUGUGAACUCUGGUUUAUAAAUUGCAUGACAUUAGCUACUGUCA